AUGGAUCUUAUCAAGUAUAUUUCUGAAAAGCCAACAGUAACUGAAAGAAUAACCCGAUGGCAGAUGUUAUUGACUGAGUACGACAUCCAAUAUGUCACACAAAAAGCUACCAAAGGAAGUGUGUUAGCAGAUCAUCUUGCUCACCGACCAAUGGAGGAUUAUCAACCCAUACAAUUUGACUUCCCCGACGAAGAUGUUAUGGUGAUAAAGUAUUGUGAGACCCCAGGUCCAGAUGAAGGACCUGAACCAGGAUCCCAAUGGAAACUCAUAUUUGACGGUGCCUCAAACGCAAAAGGAAAUGAUAUCGGGGUUGUCAUAACUUCUCCAACAGGUUACCAUGUUCCAUUCACAACUAGGUUAUGUUUCACUUGCACUAACAAUAUGGCAGAGUAUGAGGCAUGCAUCCUAGGACUCGAUAAAGCCAUCAAUUUAAGAAUCAAGAUCUUAGAAGUAUACAGAUAUUCUGCUCUCGUUUUCAAUCAAAUCAAGGGAGAAUGGGGAACACAUAAUGCUAAGAUAAUAAAGUGUCGAUGA